CACCAGCCCCCUCCUCCACCUGCCCCCCGAACUCCGCAACAAAAUCUACUCCUACACCCUGGAAUCCCUCCCCUCCCCCACCGCCUCCACCCGCACCUACCGCCGCCGCGCCCUCUAUUACCGUCCAGGCUUCCAACGUCCCAAACGCAUCUCCACCGCCCUCCUCCAAACCUGCCAACAGAUCUACGCCGAGGCAUCCCUCCUCCCCGCCCUCCUCACCACCCACACCUUCUGGUGUUAUCGUGCCCCGCCACAUGUCCGCCAUGCCGCGGCCCCGGGGGAGUAUUUUGCCCGGAUGACCCCGGAACAAAGGGGUGUGGUGCGCGAGGUGGGAUUCUUCACGCAGCAGUUUUUCUUGGAGGGAAGGUGGGGUGAGAUUUUGCGGAGUUUGCGGGAUGCGGAUGGGGAGGGGCAGCUGGGUAAGGCAGGAGGAGGAGGAGGAGGGGGAGGGGGAGGGGUCCGGCCGAGGAAGAUUACCCUUACGUUACGACAUUCCGAUUGGUGGUUUUGGGAGAGGAAUGAGGAGUUGGGGAUUGAUCCGUUUCGGGCGGGGAGGGUGAGUGCGCGGCAGAUGCGGAGCGGGAGCGGGCAGGGGCAGAAGGGAGGACAGAUGGAUGACAGGGCGUGGGGGAAUCAGUUUGUGAAUGUGCCUGGGUUGGAGACGUUGGUGGUGGAGUUUGAGACCGUGAUGAGGAAGCGGGAUCAGUUGGAUUGGAUUGUACAGAUGGCUGCCGGUUGGAGGUUUCCGCUGGUGCCGGAGGAGGGGAUUUUUCUGGUUCCGGGGGAGGAAGGGGGGGAGAGGGAGGCGUGGAGGUGGGUGGGGGCCAGGGAGGAGGUGUUGAGGGCGGAGACGGAGAGGGGUGGAGUGGAAGAGGAAGAAGGAGAGGAUGGGGCGGGGCGGGUGCCGGAGUUGAUGCCUUUGAGGGAGGGGGGUGAGGAUGGAAAGGUUGAGUUGGAUUAUGAUCCUGAAGUGGAGGAGGAGUAUUAUGUGGUGUUUAUGACGUGGAGGAGGCAGAAGGUGGAGUGAUACUCUGUAUGUAAUUGAGGUUUUUUAUUUGGGACAUUCUAGAAGCUUGAUAGUUUAUUUUGCAAGCUGUAUAUAAUUCAACU